AUGUAUAAAACGUGUGGAAACACGACAAAUUUAGCUGCACACUUGAAAACCAAGCAUCACUAUGCAUACUUGCAGUUCGUCAACAUGCAGCAGAAAAAUUCUUCUGAACCAAAAAAAUCUAAUAAUGAAAAUGAAAAUGCGUCGACAGGCGAAGACACCAGUGGCGAUGUACCCGAUGUUAAUAUACUAAGUACAAGUAAUCAACAAAUACAAGAAGAUUCUUCCGAGAUUCAAUUUUUGAAUCAAGCCGUAAAAAAGAGAAAGCAAGUAAUACAACCCACUUUAGUAAACUGCUUAGAGAGAAGUUCAAGUUUUGAAGAAGGUGGACAAAAACAUAGUGAAGUGACACAGGCAUUAAUCUAUAUGAUAUGCAAGGACAAUUUGCCACUAUCAAGUGUAGAAAAAAAGGGCCUGCAAAAAUUUGUUCGCACAAUUUGCCCUCUCUAUAAAUUGUCGUCCAGAAAAAAGAGCUUGAACCUAUGUGCGCAGCAACUUUCGGAGGGUCACACGGGAGAGUACAUCCAAGAAUGUUGGAAGGAAAUAUGUGAAAAGUUCAAGAUUGACAAAACUAAAAUCGUGUCUAUUACUACUGAUGGUGGAGCAAAUAUAGUGUCAGCGGUACGAUUAUUUUUAGGUGAUGAUCCCAGGAUUCCUUGCAUGGCUCACUGCUUAAACCUUGUAGUUGAUGGGAUAUGGUUACAACUUCGCAACUUAAUAAACCUUAUUGUUCUUCUUGGCCCUUUGAAAGAAGCUACUGAAGAAAUAAGUGGUGCCAAUUAUGUGACGGCAAGCUUAGCCAUUCCUCUAUUAAAUUUAGUUUACCAAGUAACCGAUCAAUCAACUCCGUCGACCACUGUAGGAAUAAAUGUAAAACAGGCUUUACUCAAAAAAAUUGAAGAGAAACUAGUUCCUCUAGAACGAAAUACUUUUCUCUCAGUAGCUACAAUUUUGGACCCUCGUUUCAAGCGUAUCCACUUUAAUUCUCCAAUUGCCGUAUCAAAUGCUAUAUCAAAAAUAAGCGACGAUAUUCGCUCAGAGUAUAGGCGUAGAGGACAACGUUCUCCAGAUAUAAGGUCUGACCGAGCAACAUCAGAAGAAGCAAAUGAGUCAUCAAUCAGGUGCAGGCAUGAGCAGCUUUUAAAUCUGAGAACAGCUACGCAAGAGGUCCCAAGCUUAGGAUCUGUCCCCAAUGAACUUAAGCAAUAUCUGGACCAACCACUUCUUGAGAGGAAGUCAGAUCCAAUAAAGUUUUGGGUAAAUUGCCGACAUUUCACGCCGGUUCUUUCGGAUAUCGCUCUUAAAUAUUUAAUAUGUCAAGCUUCCUCGGUAUCAUCCGAAAGGGUUGCUUCGAUUGUUAAUUUAACAGUGCCGGAUAAUAGGAGCAGAUUGACAGGUGAGUGUAACAUUAAAGAAAGAGUGCUGCUGAUGUCUAUUUCAGACGAAUACUGGUAUCAGUGA